GACAAAUUUCAUUGGAAAGUCUGAUGUUUCCUGCUUCUCAGGCACAGAGGCUUUUGGGGGGGCUCACCGGGAAAAUUAUACUUCAAAUUAUACGUCUUAAAGGCGUCUGUCGGAAUUACAGCGGGGCGAGUUUGGAACUAGAUGAUGUUUUAAUGCUGUAGAAUGAAUUUUCCUCGCCGGAAGUAGGAAAAGAGAUGAAACCUACAUCAAAGUCCUACAAGUGAUCCAGGAUGAGCCAGAUGUACACUUGAAAUGGUAUUUUGGAGGCCCUUGAAAUAAUUGGACCUCUGGCCUUUUUUUUUAUGACCUUUGCCUUUUGAAUGCUGACAGCUACAAGGAUGGAUAUGCCAGCCAGCUGCCCGAAUGUCAGUAUACCUUGUCACAACGAGCAGAGGGACAAGAGGAAGCGUUUUACAGUUUAUAAGGUGAUGGUUACUAUUAGAAGACGGGAAUGGUUUGUGUUCAGAAGAUACGCAGAGUUUGAUAAACUCUAUAAUACAUUAAGGAAACAGUUCCCAUCUGUGAACUUGAAAAUUCCAGCCAAGAGGAUAUUUGGGGACAAUUUUGAACCUGAGUUCAUCAAGCAAAGAAGAGCAGGGCUACAUGAGUUCAUCCAGCGCAUUGUGUCACAUCCUCAACUUUGCAACCACCCAGAUGUGAGGACCUUUCUACAAAUGGAGAAAAUGCAAAACUUUUCUGAUAGCUCCGAGGAUGAGGAUGAUAAACAUAACUCUACCUCCAGAAACAUUAACCUGGGACCCUCUGGAAAUCCACAUGCCAAACCUACAGACUUUGACUUCUUAAAAGUCAUAGGAAAAGGGAGCUUUGGAAAGGUUUUCUUGGCAAAACGGAAACAUGAUGGCAAAUAUUAUGCAGUCAAGGUUCUACAGAAAACGAUAAUUGUCAACAAAAAAGAGCAAAAACACAUCAUGGCAGAACGCAAUGUGCUCCUGAAGAAUGUGAAGCACCCAUUCUUGGUGGGGCUUCAUUAUUCUUUUCAGACCGCAGACAAGUUGUACUUCGUCUUGGACUUUGUGAACGGAGGAGAACUGUUCUUUCAUCUUCAAAGAGAGCGAACAUUUACAGAGCAAAGAGCAAAAUUCUACAUUGCUGAAAUGGCAAGUGCACUGGGAUAUCUGCAUUCUCUCGACAUUGUGUACAGAGAUUUGAAGCCAGAAAAUAUCCUUCUUGACCACGAAGGCCACAUCGUAUUGACAGACUUUGGAUUGUGCAAAGAGGGCAUUUCUCAGGCGGAUACCACCACCACAUUUUGUGGAACACCUGAGUAUCUGGCUCCAGAGGUCCUGAAGAAGCAGCCGUAUGACAACACUGUAGACUGGUGGUGUCUGGGUUCAGUGCUGUAUGAAAUGCUCUUUGGCCUGCCUCCAUUCUACAGCAGAGACACACAUGAGAUGUAUGACAACAUCCUCCACAAAGACCUGGUAAUGCGACCUGGUGCAUCCACCAUGGCCUGGUCUCUCCUUAUGGGCUUACUGGAAAAAGAUGGCACUCAGAGACUGGGGUCCAAGGAGGACUUUAUUGAGAUAAAAUCACAUUGCUUCUUCUGCUCCAUCAACUGGAAUGAUCUUGAACAGAAGAAGAUCCCUCCUCCAUUUACACCAAAUGUGAGCUCUUUCGGUGAUAUCUCAAACUUUGAUCCAGAGUUCACAGAUGAGAUGGUCACCAACUCUAUCUGUUGGCCUCCAGAACUUUCUAUAGUCAACGCCAGUGUAAUGGAAGCCGAUGAUGCCUUUGUGGGCUUCUCUUAUGCCCCGCCUUCUGAGGAGUCAUUCCAAUGACACAUUCCCAGUAACUUCUUGAACUGCCUUAAUCAGGUUAAAUUUUUGUUUAAAGGAUAGAAUUCCAUGAGGACAGUGGAUGAACCCACUGUGAAACCAAAGCGAGCAACUGAGGGGGAAACAAAGCACUUAAAUUUUGGACAGAACAAAGUGUGUCAGAAAAGCCUUUUUAUUUUUUACCAGUUUUGUAUUUGUACAGAUAACAAAUGUUUUAAGAAAAUAUCUAUGAAGGCCUUCAUCAGUGUAUGAUGACAUAUUCUAAAAUGAUCAAAAUCUUUAAAUUUAUUCUUUAAUGAAUAGGUUCACAUUUUUACAACCCUGUUUAUAUGAAAACAUUGUUAGCAAUCGUCUGAGUGCACCACUCAACUUUAAUGGUUCCUUCAUUUGAGAUAAAUCCUUUUUUAGGGAGGAAUGAGUGAUUCUAAAUGGGAUAGUCAUCCAGGAGUUAGACAAAUCAAAGUGUUCAAAUAGCAGCAAAAUAAGGAUAGAAAACAAAUUUGUAGUCAUUGGCAUGUCAGUUGUACAAAAAAGUCUGAAGAAAUAUGUCCAGCUUGUUUUCCCCCCUUCUUAUUGUAAUGGUUGAUAAUAACCUACACCAGGUUGAGAAGUUAGUCGGUUUCUUUAUAGCACAUGUGGCACAUGGUUAAAUAGUCCCUAUAAAAAUUUAAAGGGGAAUGUCAACAUUUUUAAACCUAGGCUUUUUUUCCAUGUUAUGGGGUUCAUUGUUUGUUGGGACAUGAACAGAUUUAAUCAGUGCUAAAUUGAUUUAGAAUAAAAAAAAUACUGUCACUGUCCUAUCUGGCUAUAUUGCCAACAAAACAUAUUAUCCAAUUUUUAUGUUUGGGAAAACUUGGCUAGUUCAUUUACAGCUUCAUUAAAAGUGACCUAUUGAUGCAGAGGUAUUUCUUUGCCAGCAGUUUUUGUUUUUUGUUUUUUUAUAUAUAUAUAUAUGAUUUUUCUCAUACAGCACAAUUGUUAAAGAUGAGUACAGCACUCAGGGGGCUGAUUGCCAUCUAACGUUUCAGCAUGUUGUAAAAAAGUGAGCUGGACCUUUUAUUAAAGUUAAUAAAUUGUUGCUUAAAUUUACAAAGCUGUUGCCAUUUGACAGUUGGGUGGAAAUGUGUCUGUACUUACUGUAAAACAAACAUUCAUUUUAGGUUAUUUUAACUUUAAGCUGGAGAUAAGGAUUACUUGAAAGACCUAUGAAUGAAGCAUUCUGGGCUUUAGGUCAUUUAUGUAAAAUACAGGUUUUCUGUUUCUGCAGUGAACAUACAGUUUGUCUUUACUUCAUUUGUUUUCUUUGUAUGUGUUUACUCCUUUGCUAAUCUAACACAUUUAUUCAUCUUGACACAAAUUAGAAAUCUGCAAGGUUUGCCUUAAGAUUUGUAUUUCUGCACAGUAAUAAAAAAAAGAUGGAAAAAUGUA